AUGGCUACCACCGCUGUGGCACUGGCGGCCAUCAGCGCUGGCGCCUGGCAGCCGUGGCUGGCAGCCGUCCUGGCGUUGCUGUUCCUCUUAAGCCUGCCCAAAUGCUGGCGCUUGCAACGGCGUUGCGAGGAGGAACGGAGGUGUUUGAAGGUGGCUGAAGCACAGUUCAGCAGACAGCAAGCGCAACGAGAGAAGUUGGCUGCCCAGCUCAAAGUCGCUGGAGCCCGCGUGGCGAAGCAGGGAGCUGCGAUUGCCAAAGAGAUCGCUUACCAAAGGGCUGAGGCCUCGCCCGCCGCCGCAGAGCAGGCAGCAGCGGUGCAGCUGAGGGCUGAAGCGGAGGAGCUGCAGCGACUGGCGGAGGUGCUACUGCUGUGCAUCACUUGGUCCAUGGACUGGCGCGACGACGGCGACGAUGGCCUCAUCACGGCCUCGCAGAUGGCGCGCGCGGACUACCAUACCGCUUUUGCCGAAGCGCUUGCACCAGGCGGUGCCGCCUUGGUGAACCGGAGCCUUCGCCAAUGGGCCGGUGAUCGAUUCGGAGGAGGAAAGAUGUUCUUGUGGAACGUGAAAGACUCAUUUGACCCACCUCGACUGGAUGGCACGGCAUGGACGUUUGACAAUGAUUCCAAGAUUUUCCCAGUGAACCGACCUUUGCUGACCAAAACACACAAGAUUCAUGUUUUUGAAAGUUUUGCAGGUGCCUAUGCAGGGUGGAAACAUGCGUGUAGGUUUUUGCAAGACCACUUCAGCAUUCCAUUUCAAACUGUCGGUUUGGAAUUUGACCUGAGUACAUGUGUUGCAUACGCCAUGUCACACAAUGCCUCCAUCAUUGAUCCGAAAACAGCUCAUGCACCGAUUAACCUUGCCAAAGCAGAUGGUGAUUUCAUUAUUCAUGCUAGCUUGGAAGAUGAUGCAUGGGUGCCAAUGGUCAGUGAAUGGGGAGUUCCUCUGAUGAGCAUUUCUUCCCCAUGUCAACCGUACAGCAACGCAUCCAAAGGUUUGGGGCUAGAUUCCGACCAGGGUUGUCUCUUGCCUUCUGCGAUUCUGAGAUGCCGAAUUUUGAGACCAAUUGCGGUAAUGAUUGAACAAGUCAAUGGAUUCAGCACCCAUAGGCAUAAAACACAUUGCCUCCAGGUCCUCAAAGCAGUAGGCUAUAAGCUCAUAUGGCAGAGAACCUUAGAUGCAUCCGAGUUUGGUAGUGUUUCCAGGUUAAGAUGGCUUGCACUGGCAGUUCACCGAAAUUCCCAAGAAAUUGAACCUGUACAGUGUGAAUCGUGGCCGCAGAUUGUACAGCUUUUCCCGCAGAUGUUGGAUGCACUGUUUCCAGAACCCAUUCCACAAAGCAUGCAGCUGACAGUCACUGAGAAAAUGCUAGCCUGUGCCAAGGACACAUGCUUCUUACCGCCUUUCAUGAAGCAUUUGAAGAAUGCAUCAGGACAAGAAGUUUUGCAUGCAAGGAUGGUGAAUGAAAACGGUGUCAUUCCAACAAUCAUGGCGAUGUAUGGCCAGCAACAUGAACUUGACAGAAGCACCCUCGAAAAGAAAGGCUAUUAUGGUCAUUUCUUUGGCAGUUGCGAAGAAAACCUCAGAUUUUUGCACCCGGCAGAAAUCCAAAUGUGCCACAUCACAUAUGGCGAAGCAUUCGUUGAGAAUGAUUUCAAACAAGCAUGGAAAAAUGUCGGAAACAUGAUUUGCUGUCCUCAUGCAACUCUGUUGCUCACCAAUGCCCUUAACUUGCUCAAGAUUGUUGAUAAGAAGUUGUCCAUGCAUGAGGUUUUUGAUGCGCUCUUUCAGAACAGGUUGAAAGCAUCUGAGUGCCGAGUUGUGACCGGAUCCUUUGCAACGAUGUUUGUCCGCAAGGAUGAUAAUUCAUGCGAUUGGGAUCUGCACAUGAGACAUUAUGAUGAAUUCUGCAAAAAUGAAGAGUGUGUAUUUCAAUUGCCUGAAGGAAAAGCAUGGUCACCGAGCAUAGGGUUGUUUAAUAGUGAUUGCAAACCACAGCCAAGUGAAGGAGAGGCGUCACAAAUCUCACAAUGCGCACAGACAGAGGUGGAUGCCAUUUCAGACACUAUGAAAUUCAACCCACUGCUCAGAAUCAAGGUUGAAACAGCAAAGAGGCUCAUGAUCAUGUGGGCUUAUGCGGAUGUUUCUCCACACGAUUUGAGUUGCCAUUUCAAUGGAAAAAUGACACUGGAAGACUCGAUGGACAGUGAGGACGGUUUUGCAUUCAUUUUGAAACAUCAGGUUUCCUUUCAGGAAAUGGAUCAUCCGGAGCAGUUUGCCUCACCGUGCCUCAAGGAAGAUGCGCUUAUUUUCAUCAAGCUUGAAAGAAUUGGCAAAUACCAAGAACAACUUGACAAAUUGAACCUGGAAUCAGUCCGAUUUGACCAAUUUGGUAUUAUUUCGGUUGGCCAGAAAUUGUAUCAUGACACCAUGUUCUUUGAUUUCCGAAUUUCUCAUCAAGAACUGGAUCAAUAUGCUUGCAUGAUUCUGGCUGCAUUUCUGGGAACUCAAAUGUCUUUCCAGUGGAGUGAAAUUGCCAUGCAGUUCAACUUGUCCAUUCAAGGGGAAGAAAUUCAGAGAAAAACACUUGAGCGAUUCUGGACCCAAAUAUUCAGCCAAGCAUCCGCUGAAGCACUGCAGAUCUCUGUGCACGCCAUGCAUUUGCCAAGCAUCACAGAAGUGACGUAUCAGAUGAAGCACCCGUUUCCGCCUGAUGCAUUCGCCUUGCUUCUCGCAGUUGUCACAAACAGAGCGCUCUUGGACACUUUAGUUGAAACAGGGGCGAUCAGAGUGGUUCUGAAAUGGAAAGGAAAGACGCUUUGGGAUGGAACGGUGUCUCAAUCCUUGAAUGUGCAAACACUGAUUGCAUUGUUGCAGAUUGGUUUUUUCCCCAUCCUUCUGGGAAAAAAUAUGCGACUGGUAUACAAGGCCAAGCAAUAUUGUGAUGUCACCAUUGGAGAACUUGCACAAAACAAUGCCAAUCAAAGUGCCAUUUUCCAGUUGGUUGCUGAAUGUUCUGGUGGAACAGGAACGAAAGAGUCUCAAAGGGCGUAUGUAAGAAACUCCCUUGCCGCAACUUUGCUUGAACAAGGUUUUUCCAUUGAUUGGGUUGCGCCAACCACUGAAACAAUCAUGUCCAAGGUUGGCUUGAAGCAGACAACAGCCAUCACACAAUUGCCGCCUGGCAAACAACGAGUUGACAGCCUCCUUAAAAUUUGUGAUGAUUGUGGACUCACUCCUCCGCCCAAGAUGACACGUGCAGUUGCCAAAACAGCCCAGGCAGGUGAGACUCGUGCCAGAAAAAAGAUUGUGGUUCAGAUUGACCCGAAUGAAUACCAGAUUGAACCUUCCUUUUUCCUUGCGCAGAAUGAUCAACCACUCAUGCAGCAAAAGGAAAUACGACACAAAUCAACUGGAGUGGUCAUGCUCUCGUAUGAAAGUGCAGCGCCCUGGAUUGCAGAAGGACAGCGCAUCACAGCCGAUGAAUUAGCAAUGAUUAUUCCAGGACAACAUGAGAUUCAGGGUAGUCUCAAGCAUGAGAUCAUGAACAUUCCAUGCAAAGAUUCAGCAAUGAGACCAGUCAUCCUCAAGGCUACUGUUGUCCAGCUUGGCGAAAAAUGUGUCAAAACCAUGACAUCGGAGAAGCCUGCGAUUGAUGAAAUGGACUGCACUACCAUUGCUAUCACAUUGUGGAAGGAAGAUUGGCAGACUGAGGAAUGGAGUCACAUUGUGGAUCACCCUUUUGCAUUUGUACGUCAGACACUUGCUUCUCAAGGACAUGAUGAAAUUCUUCAGGCGACAUGGGGCAGAUCACUGAGAAAUCAGAAACAACAGACCACUAGCCAACAUGCCACUUCCCUGCAGUUUCAUGCCACCAUACAGACGGAUAAGUUGCGGGCAUUAUUGACCACCAGUGGAUUCAACAAGAUUUGGAUCACUCCGAAAGAUCGAAUGGGGAGAUUGGACAGCACAUGGCGAGUGAUCUGGAUUGAAGGCUCUUUGCCUCACCUCAAUUCACUUGCGUCAAAAACAAAUGGAUGUGCAGGCUUGGUUAAGAACCGAACUUCCAUGGGACUUCGCUUUUCUGCAGUUGAUUUUGACCAGGCAUGGGGUGUUUUGUUUCCAGGCAAACCGACACCGAAGCCACAUGAUGUGAACAUGCUUUUCCAUGCUCAGAGUCUUCCGUAUGGCUGCAAUGCUGACAUGCUCAGAAAAUGGGGUGAACAGCUCAAUUGGGAUAUCCAUCCCAUCAAGGCUUUGGGACCAAAUGCAUGGCUGAUUGGUAGCAAGGUGCAUCCGCCGCCAGGCAUUUUGACCUUCAACAGCAAGCCGGUUUUAUUGAAACACUUGCCACCCAAAGAUGCUACGGCCCCAAGUCCCAUUGUAGCAGGACCGAAGCCUUGGAAAAGUGAUGCCAAGCGAUCCACCAAUGCCAAUGAACAAUUUGGAAUGCAAGGAGAUCCAUGGGCACCAGCAGCACAACAAAAAGGCCUGCCACCGGCCUUUGCCAAUACAGGCCCAUCCGAAACAAAGUUCAAAGAACAAGAUGCAAAGAUCGAUGAACAGAAUGUAAAGAUCCAAAAGAUGAAUGAUGCGCUGGAAAAAUUGACGGCUGACACCAAGCAGGAAUUUCUCAAUGUCCAGGAACGUGAGAAACAGAGCCAGCUUCAGAUGCACACUGCCAUUCAGGCAGUGAAAAGUGAUUUAGAAUCAGCCUUUCAAAAUGCAAUCCAGCAGCAGUCGGUGCAGUUGAAUGGAACAUUGGGAGAGCUGCGUGCCUUGCUUCAAGCGAAGCCCAAAAGGGCGCGUGCAAAUGCAGAUGGUGACAUGGAAGAUGAUUGA